ACCCUUCGUAUGUCUUCAGAUGUCUGUACUCAUAUUUCCAUGGUCACUGUUUGUUCCUGCCCUGUGGCGUGUGGUGGCAUGUGUCAGUCUGGGCAUGAAAAUGAUCGCUGGUCCAUGAGAAGCUGCACAUUUCUGCCAUAGCUGGGCUUCUUUCAUUAACUUAACAGCUCACUGAGCCUGACCUGAACCUAUCCGCCAUCGACACACACACUCUCCUGCCUGCCAGCUGGCUGUCACUGUGGUGUCAGUUUGCUCUGGACAUGUGUGUGUAUGUGUGGUCAGGUUUAGCUGGGCUUCGCUAGAGAGCGUCUAGUUUGGACUCAGAUGGACCGUGUGGUAGGGAGAUGGUGCUCCAUAAGGCCAUAACUGCUGCUCGUGUUGGAGAUGUUGAUACUCUAAAGCAGCUGUUCACAGCUGGAGGUUUGAAAGCAGCUAUUAUUGAUGCUCAGGGAGCAGGACCAGUUCACCAUGCGGCACGUUGUGGCCAGCUCCACUGUCUGCGCUUCCUGGUGGCUGAAGCAGGGCUGCUGGCUAACGGACGGGCUCUAAAUGGUGCUACACCUGUCCAUGAUGCAGCUGCUACAGGCCACACACGAGAGCUACAGUGGCUGGUGCAGAAUGCAGGAUGCAGUGUGCAGGAGCAGGAUGAAGCAGGGACCACUGCACUCCAUCUUGCUGCACGGUUUGGUAGGGUGGAAGUUGUUGGUUGGCUGCUGGCCUCUGGGGGCAGAGCUGAGGAGGAAACUGACUGUGGUGCUGUCCCUGCUCACUAUGCUGCUGCCAGGGGUGAACUUACCUGUCUGAAACUUUUGAUAGGCCAAGCUCCAGGAUGUGUGAACCAUCAGACUUUCAUGGGAGCCACGCCCCUAUACCUGGCCUGUCAGGAGGGUCACCUACAUGUGGUGGAGUAUCUAGUGAAGGACUGUGGAGCUGAUGUGCAUCUCAGAGCGCAGGAUGGCAUGACACCGCUGCAUGCUGCUGCUCACAUGGGUCACUAUUCUCUUGUUGUCUGGCUGGCCUCAUUCACAGACGUCAGCCUGUCGAGUCAGGAUAACGAGGGGGCCACUGCUUUGCAUUUUGCUGCCAGUGGGGGGCAUUGUCGCAUACUGGAGAGGCUGCUGCGCACGGGGUCAAAGGUCAUCAAAGAUGACUGGGGUGGCACUCCUUUACAUGAUGCAGCUGAGAAUGGGGAGAUGGAGUGCUGCAGGAUACUUCUAAACCAUGGGGUCAGCCCUUCGGAGAGAGAUGUAGAUGGCUUCACUUCAGCAGAUCUGGCUGAAUAUAACGGGCACUAUGAGUGUGCCAGGUACCUGCGCUCUGUGGAGAGAGACCCCUGUGGUUCUGUGCAGCUUCUGAAGGUGAGUGAUUCUUUGGAAGAGGACCUGAGGGAAAGACCAUUGGUGUCACGAAAGCCCAGCUCAGGAGAUUACUACAGACAUAUCAGUGAAACCCAACGAAACAUGGACAACCUUAAGCAGAAUGAAACUAAGGACACCCCUGAAGCUUGCCACCAGACUCAGUCACCUGCUCCUACUCUUCCUUCGUCCACUUUGCCUCGCCUUCUAACCUCUAAGAGAACUUUGACCAGCAGUGUUCUGCACAGCCAAAUAGCCAACACGGUGAUGAAGAACUUAAACUCCAGUAAACCGGUUCCAGAGAAAGGGAGAAAGCUUUUGGGAACAAUGAAAUUGGGAGAUAUGAAAUCAAUCACCUCUCUGAGAAAAUCUGGAUUAUCAGAGCGAUUGACUCCUGCUAAUAAGAUGGUAGUGUUACCCACAGAGGAGGCUAACCUAUCUGAUAUUGACUACUUGGUGCCAACUCAUGAUGAGAAGGGCAGGCCUAUAGCUGAAUGGAAGAGACAAGUGAUGGUGCGGCAGCUGCAGGCUAGACUGCUGGAUGAUGAAGCCCAAAGAAGGAAGGAGAAUGGGAACAGAUAUACAAAGAUGGACAGCUGGAGGUACUCUCAAGCACACAAUGCCAUACUGGGUCCAUUUGGAGAGAUGCUAACUGAAGAUGAUCUGAUCUACCUGGAGAAGCAGAUCCAAAGUGUCUCCAUGCAAAAAAACUGCAAGGGCUAUGAGAUGGAGCUGGCUCGCCUAGUGGAGGAACUCCGGAACAUUCUUCCAGCACCCAUUGUCAACAUUACAGUCAAUACUCAGUACAGAAACCCUAACACACAGGUUAAACUGCCUGUGUGGUGUAAUCGGAUAUCUGGAAUAGUCAUGAGCAUGUCCCUGCUUAUGACUAACUUGACUGAUGAGUCUUCCUCCAAAAUGCCUAACUCUGAACUUGUGACUGUCUUCUCUCAAAACCUUGAGAGGCAAAAUUCAGCCCGGGGACGGAGGGCAGAAAUCGAACAUGAGAUUCAAGAAUUUGGAGUAUCCGUGAGCAAUUUGAAGUCCAACUUUGAGAAUAAAGGUCAUCCAGUUUCUGAGGAUUUGGAUAGUACAGAGCUGUGUGUGCAAGAGGAAGAAAUACCUGAGAGUGCCUCAAUAGGACCCUCAGAGAAUGAUGAGCCAACAGAGAUGAAUAAAAAUGAUUCAUCCAGUGACUGUGAUGAAUUCAAUAAUGUUAUGGAGAGCACUAGCCUACGCAAGGAGCGUAUUGUGGUCCUUUUCCUGGGACACUGGAAGAAGUCUGCUUACGCUGUAACUUUGAAAAAUGCCCAAAGGAAGCUCAGCCUAGACAGUUCUGAGAUGCCAGAUAGGAGUCAGGUUCAGCGCAAAGCAAGUUUGGAUAUCUCACCAAAAAAGAUGAUAGAACAUGGGUCUUUGGGACAGUUCUUAAAGCAGAGAAGUGCCAUCAACAAAAUGAUCGGCAACUGGAGAAGCAUGAUCUCAAUUGUUCCAUCUCGGCAAAUCCGGAGGCUUAAUCGCCAGCAGGCACUUUAUUCACCCGAGCAGUUCUUGCCCCGCAUGAAUGGAGCACCUUUUGAAUAUGACUCUCUGACACUUGAUCUUUUCAUGCUUGGUUACUUCCACAUCCUUGAGCAGGACCUUUCAGCUGAUGAGAGGAAGAUGAGGCACCUGCUGUGUUUUGAGGUGUUCGACCAUUUGGGUCAUUUUAGCUGGGAGACAGUGCGGGAUUUCCACAAGGCCGUUAUCAAAGAUAUUGAGGCUGGAAAUAGGGAAUGGAAAGAUGGGUUUGAGGAUAUUAAGGUUAAGUUCUUUAGUGAGGUGCCUCCACAGGUGAAAAGUCUGGAGAAGAGCCCAAAGGCAGAGAUAAGGCCAGUGCCCAAAGUGAUUGUCCAGACUCCAACCCCGGAUGAGGAAGAUACUUUGAUGAGAAGUGGAGACUUCAGCAGCUUGACCAAUGAUGAAAUCUGCAAAUACAUUGACAGGAGUUUUGCCUUUUGGAAAGAAAAAGAGGCUGAGAUUUUUGACUUUGAGUAAAUCAGAAACUGAAUUAAUUUUUGUAAUCAAGUUUAGUUGUAGUUGUAGCCAUUUCCAAACCAUUUAGCUAAAUCUCAUGACAGCUACUUGCCGGCCUGUUUUAUUCUUGAUAUAUGAAUGACCAGAUACACACAAAUGGUUAGCAGUUUUGGGAUCAACACAGGAGUGAUGAAGGUCAGCCCAUUAACCUAAAGAGAGGGGCCAGUUAUGCUCUGUACACCUCAGAGCCAUGGAUAGUUUUGCAUCAUUGGAAUUUAAACUCAAUAACUUACCCCACUUGUUAACUCACUACACAUUUCUUUUUGAUACAUAAUGUAUGUCUAUUAUAUUUACUAGCCAGAAAAUGUUUCUUUUUUCUGUGAAUAUAUAAAAUGCCUUGUUGAAAUUUUGUUAUUUCACUAAAACCUUUUUUUAAACAAUAAUGUGGAUUCAUACCAAACACUGAUAUUAGUUUAAUCUUUCUUCAGGUUUGCUGUGGACAUAAGAACAAUGUAAAAAUAACUUCACAAAACUCUUUUGUGCUGACAGAUUUCACAACGGAAUAAAGUACAGAACUAUAAUAAACUAUUUGAUAAUUUAU